AAUAAAUGAAAUUUGAGGUUAUGUAUAUAAAAAAUAAAAACAUUAAUUUUUCUAUCACCAACGUUUAUACUUUUUUGUGACAAAAUUAGAAAACUGAGUUGUCGAUUAUGGGUUACUCCAAAAAGACUGCUGCCAACUUGAGAUAUGCCUGAAACCCUCGCAACUGUCCAUCAUUGCAAACUUUACCUCUAUUUAAAACUAACUUAUUGUCUCAUGGCGGAUCAUGUUAAAAGUCACAUCUCUUCAACACCUUUCAACUGCGAAAACACCAAACUCGAAAAUUACUCCUGCAAAGACUGCGACUUCCAAACCGAACUCACAAUCCUUUUCAGACAACACCUCGACCAACGCCACGCCACCAAAAACCACUCCAACGAAAAUUUCCUAGACUUCACCAUCCGGAUAUAUUUUUGCGAAAAAUGCUGCUUCGAAACACACUUUCUAAUGAAGUGGCUCCAGCAUACCACCGCCUGUCUCGAAAACGAACAACCCGCCAGAGAAAAAGACAAAGACGGCGACUUUUUUAUUUUGUACGAAUGCGACCAGUGCGGGCAAAUCUACAAAAACAAAUAUUCGUUACGAAGACACAAAACCUUGAAGCACAACAGCGACAAAAAAGCGUGGUACUACUGCGUGAAGUGUCAGUACAAGACUCGACAGAAGUGGUCUUUGAAGGUUCACGUGAAUUCUUGGCACAUGGAUGCACAAGACAUCAGGUGGUUUGAGUGUCAGGAGUGUCCAUACAAAGCUAAACAAAGUUCAAACUUGAAAAGGCAUAUCAAUGCACACCAUUUGGACGAAGCGGAGAUCAAAUGGUACAAGUGUGAAAAGUGUGUAUUUAAGACUAAGUACAACUGUCAUUUAAAAUAUCACAUGAACGCGCUCCAUAUGGAUGAUAAACAAGACGUUAUUAAGUGGUUCAAGUGUGACAAGUGCCCGCACAAAGCUAAAACGAAUUCUGAUUUGAAAAGGCACGUAAACGCCAAUCAUUUGGACGAACAGGAUGUUAAGUGGCACAAAUGUGACAAGUGUCCGUAUAAAGCCAAAAAGAAGUAUCAUUUGAAAAGUCACAUAAAUUCGCAGCAUUGGAAUGAGCAGAGUAUUAAGUGGUAUGAAUGCAACAAGUGUUUAUAUAAAAGUAUGUACAGGCUGAAUUUGAAGAAUCACGUAAAUGAGUACCAUGUGGGUGAAUAGAAUUUUGAGUGGGUGUUGUCGAUGUUUUUUGGAUGUUCAGUGGAGUAAAUAGAAGAUCAAGAUGAUGAAGGUUAAAACAUAAAUGAGAAAAUUGUUUUAAUUUUAAGCUUAUGCGCAUGUUACUGCGCACUCCAUCAAAUGCAUCACGUGGUGCGUUGUCAUAGGAACGCAAAUGUCAAUGAGAAGACAAUAAUUCGGGUGUUGAUGAUUGAACGUUAGUUAAGUUUAUUGGUUUAAUAAACUUGUUUUUUAUAAAGAACUUUUAUUCUGAUUUUUACACGUGAUUAUUUAUUAUUGGAUU